AUGAAUUGCCUGGACAAUGUCCUAAAGACCAUGACUGACUCUGGUCCAGACUCCCCGGUUUCUGGGACGUGCGCUUUAUGGAUGGCCUCCUCCGAGGUGGACCAGAAGGCCUUGGGCAAUUUUGCCGCCGUGAUGGGCCUCGAGAACCCCUCCCUCUCGACAAUGCUAUACAAAGUGCUCGGUGUGUCCGUCAUGCUGUCCAAGAAGCUGAUCCGAGCUCGCAAGCUGCGUCGCUUGGACACUACUCGUGAAACCAGAUCUCUGCAGCUGUACCACCACAUCAUAUGGCUUUCGCGAGAAGGCCUGCUCAUUCUGGAAGGCUUCAUCCUUCCCAGGGUCGACAUGUUCGUCGAGCUCAAAGUGCUCGCCUAUAAACUCCGUGCCUCAUUCUACCACAUUUUUGUGUUGUUUCACAAUCGCCCGGUCUUCACACAUGAACCACCCCCCUUGUUCAGCAGUGACUCGAUCUACGGCGUCGAGUCCCUAUUCAAGGGUCCCACACCCAGACCCCCAGGAUUGGGCGUCCAACCAGUCCAGCCACCAUCUUCCUUCCUUCUCCCAACCCUGGACUACACAGCCACAGCAACAGCCUGUUUCAACCACGUCUCCGCCCUCUCCGACAAACUCCUCCCAGGCUCACACCCACUCCGGCUCUCCGUCAAACUCGAAUACGCCGCCUACCUCUACGACUGCCUCCAAGACCCCAUCGCCUGUCGCCGUCUCGCCAAACAAGCCAUCGCAGACGUCUACAACGCCCAAGAAGGAAUGGACGACGAAAGUUUCGCCGACGCAGCAGAGAUCGUCGGCGUCUUGGGCAAAAUGGUCAAACGCGGCAAACCAGGCAGCAGUAUCGGGACAGUCAGUAGUGUCUCACGCUCCCGAAGCCGAAGCAGUCGCAGUCCCAGCCAUCGGGAUGCCAGUCUUCCCACGACUGUCUCACCACCUGCCACGAAGAUGACCCCGCGAUCGGCAUCCUCCAGCCAGCCGAUGCUCGAGCCGGCAGUCCCCGAUGCAUCCAUGGUGAAUCCCAUCUAA